AUGGACUGCCUGGAAUUGAACAUCCGCCAGCGAAUCCUCUCGGACCUUGCUACCCUCAAGUCGAACACAGAAGAGCAUAUAUUCACUACUCUUGAACUCAUUCAAUCCAAGUCCCAGCUGGAAGAUGAGAAACACACCGCACUUAAUGGUGAAUCUAGGGAGGAAGUGGUUAAUUUUCGUACAUUUAUCUCCGAGGCUAGGGCUCACCGUGACAUUUCUUUCGGGGAACUCGUCGCGAACUUUCCGAAGGAACAUAUCGCAAGGCAUAUCGAUACCCUCAUUCUCGUCCUAAUGGAUUUUUUGCACGACGUGCCACGUGUGGAUUUUGACCGAUGUCUCUCGUGGGAUGAGUGGGCCCUUCCUGACCAGCUGGUCUUCUCUACUGUUUCUGCCCUUCUGCGUAUCUGCGGUGCACACCCAGAAUACGCAGACAGAGCUGUCACGUCCAUUAUCACUUUCGUUACUGACACUGUUGGAAACCUGAAGGAGUCAAACUCCAUAGAUGUACUUACACACCUCAUGCCUUCUGUUCACGGGUUGUACCGUGCAAUCACUUCCACUCUCUACCCAUGGACCGCCUCUCAAUGGCGCAUUCUUUCUGAGUCCCUCCAGUCCCUUGUUGCGAUUCCGGUUCUUGAACGAAUCAACCGUCUCCUACUCGACAUACAUCAAGAAGCCGAGACUAAUCCAGACGCCGACACUACCUCCAUCGCCUUCUGCCACACCUUUAUUUCUCGGUACAUAGCAUUUGGACGUCCACUGAGUGGGUAUUUUAUCGUAUGCUGUGUCAUGGAGAUGGAAUGGACUAUGCUCGCGCAAGCCCUUGCGAAUACUCCUCUGGUGCAUAAGGGCCAGGUGCGUGAAGCGGCGGCGGCGAACAAAGCGUGGGUGAACCUUAUGAAAUGUCCUGGGAAGGAUUUGGGAGUGGAGAAUGAUGAGGAGACGAAGAAAGCUCUGAGGAAUGUCAUCAGAGAUGCGGUACAGAGUUUUAGUGAUUUGCUGGAUCAGAUCGAGGGCAUGGAAAGCGAACUUCCCGUCGAUACUUACGCAUGGGAGACCAUGUCCGAGAGCUUGAAACUCGCAUCUGUCUGCUCCGUUGCGCUCCGGGAGCUAGAUGAAAAUCUUCACACUCGUCUGACGCAGUUAUUAAGCGACAAUGCACCCAUUCUGGACAAUCUUGUUCAGGAAUCGGCGCUCAAGGCUACCACAGUUCUUGUGCGGAGCUUCCCAGAGAUUGCUCCAUCUUUUGCCAUCUAUCUCCGCCGUUUCGUCACCUCUCCUCUUUCGAUUUUCGAGUUCGCAUUCAACACUGAGAAGCGUGCACCCCCACCUCUAACAGCGGCUGCCAAAUGCCUUGCGCUUUGCAUCAAGCUGUCACCUGGUGACGACUCCAUCAUGUCAAACAUGUACUCUCUCCUCAAUUACAUCGCUGCGACCUCCAAAGAAAUAACUGAAUUAUCCUCUUCCAACCAACUCCUUUCCAACCCCCUUUACGCCGCCUCGAUCACCUCUCAUAAUGAUAAUGCGACCUUCCAAAGCGAUGAAACAGGGCUACACGGUCGCUCAGACGAAGAGAAGCAACUCAUCGGGAUCACGACUAUCUCCGUUGUCACACGCCUUGCACUCGAGUUCCAUGCUGCGGGCCAGGAGGAAGUCACAAAACUGACUAUUUCGAUGUUGUUACAGCGCUUACGGACUUUGGAACCGACUCUCGAGGCUGCGAUUGCGUAUAACCUUGUGGAUCUUGCGCUUGUAGCUCCUGAAGAGUCGUUCAUAGACGUUGCCCGUGCGUUCUCACUUAUCAAUCGCGCUACGAACCUAGAGGACCCGAGGUUCUCUAAUAAUAUGGUGUUGGCCGCCCAGACGAGGCUUGCACGGGAACUAGACCAAAGACCAGAUUUGUAUGAUGUGUACUUGGUUGAGCUGCUCACUUUGUUCGGAGACAAAGGCGUUGCUAUCCAGAACGUGGCGACAUCCGACCGACACGUCAAGACGGAAGAAAUGAUCGAGCAGCUGGCCUCUUUGUUGUUGCCGAUCGAAGCGCUUCUUACCCAUCCAGAUUACUCUCCACACCUGGCCGCUUCGCAAGAGCUUACGGGCCUCUUCCGCAACAUGUGGUUCCUCUGCGUUCUCUUCCAUUUUACAUCCGGCGAGGAGAGGGGUGCGAUGACGUGGCUCAUACCUGUGUUGGCGAAAAUUGCAACGAAGACGCCAACUCUAGUGCUCGAGAAUGCUCAUGAUGCGGCGAGUGAAAUCGAGUAUAGCACUGUCAUCCGACAUGAAUAUGCGCAUUCUGUUAUCUCGAAGCAUCGGUCAUUCCUUACACGCCAUAUUCCACAUCGCACAAGCGAGAUACGCUCUUUGUCCCCAGGACAGGUAAUAUUCUUAUUGAUGAUGCAGGACGUUGAGAGUAUGCGAUCUGCUGCUGGUCUCCCAUCUUCUUUGGUGUCAUACUUCACGAAUGACAGCCUGAAUCGACAGAGUUAUCUUAUUGUUAUGCGUGGAUGCAUGGGAGAGAUGAAUUCCCAAGCUGUGGAACAAGCACUACCGGCCCAUCUAUCAGAGGAACUUCGCAAGCUGCUUGUAGCCAGCACUCACCGCAUAUCUCGUGCUCGGGACGUCGCAGCCAAAUACCUGUUCAACCUGAUCACGUCGUUUCCCUCUCUCAUGUGCGACCCGCCACUGGUGUAUGCAAUCCUCGAGUGCCUUACUCUUCUACGUCACGCAUGCGAGAACGAGUUUACGGACGAGUACAACCCGGUGUACGAGUUCCACUCUGAGCGCACCGGCAUCACGCUGCAGCUCACGGAUGACUACAAAGUACGAAAUGACAUCCUUGGACAGCUACAGCGCAAUGCCAACACGUGGUUUGAACUCGCACUCGGCCGGGCUCCCAUUGAGCUCCAGUCGACACUUCAAAAAUAUCUUACAGCUGCACAACCACUGAUCGGCGCGGACGCUACUGAGUUAGGAGCUUCUGUUGCCGAAACGUUUGCUAAGGCAUUUGGUCCUGUGCACCGACAACUUUGUAACAAAUGCUAUUUUGCAGGGGAAGUUGCUGGUUUGCGACUUGCAGCUCGUAAAAAUCAAGAUUCGUUGGAUAAAGUAGCUCCUCAGAUGCACUGCACUGGCGUCCAGCCUUUCAAGGACAAGAUGGCCGAUACGAUGAAUGACAUUCGGAAUAAACGUAGCUCUUUGACUGUUCAAGACCUUCAGCGCCUAUUAUUCCGUUGCGCAGCGAUUCUUAUAUCGUUGGAGAAGUGCGAUUACACCUUAGUACAUUUCUUGGUAGCUCUACCGUUUGAGGUUUUCACCCCCGCUGCGGUCGCUGCGGGCAUUGAAACAUGGACGUGGGUCAUCGCGGAGCGUCCUAACAUGGAAGUGGCCAUAAUGUGCGAAGUGCUCACGUCUUGGUUUGGGACUGUGAAGGAGCGUAAGGGUGUGUUCUCGGCCUCAUCAAACUGUGUUGAUCCCUUCUAUCAUCCCAUUAGCUACAGUCCAACCGACAAGGACGAAAUCGAUCGAGCAACGACUCAUGCUCGUCGGCUGCUCAUGCCGCAUACUUUAGUUCUACAGAUGUUGUUCAGUCGAUUGCAGGCAGCUAGAUAUUGUCGCUCGACUGUAAUGUUCCUCAUCCAAAGACUUGUUUUGCGAUCUGCGCAAGCGCACAAGUUGUUUAGUACUCAUCCACUGGCUCGAGAGUUACGCUACACGUUCCUUCUUUUUGGACUGGAGACGUUGAAGAGCUCGCAUUUAGAUGCCGUCUGCGAGUGUAUGUUACGCGAAAGUCUGUAUCGCACGGCAUAUUCAUGGUUUGCUGUUCGGCCGCAGUGGUCUUUUGGAGCCAAUCGAGUGCAGGUUGACGCUGAUAUCAAAGCUAUGUCCGAGUUUCUUGUGCAUCUCCAAGGUGACUCGAUCAGGAAUAUGACAUCUCUUUCGAGCCUUGCUCCGCAUCAGUCUGCGUCAAAGACGUCCCUUUAUGCUACGCGCCUCAAGAACAUCAACCAGCCACUCCGUCUUCUGAUAGAGAAUGAGAUAUUCAGGCUUACAGUCUGGGCUAAUCCUAGCAACGAAGCGAAACGAGGCAGCGAUAUUCAUGGCCUGCUCGAGCGCAGUAUGCUUGAGUCGACUUGGCCUGGUGUAGUUCGAACAGUGUGGGAGGUGGACCCGGCCAUAGCAGUCUAUCUGACUGAGCGUUUCAAAAGCCCCGCAGCUCACGCUGAAGUGCAGAAUCUGGUACGGUCUAACGCUAGCCAGGUACUCGAUACUCCGGAAGCUCUACGAUUUUUGAUUGGGGAUUCCUUGCGAGGACAGAGACGUGAGCUGAAGUACAUCAUCGUAUGGGCGCCUGUCACUCCUGUGAUCGCUGUUACUUUCUUCGAGCGGCGACACGGAAACAAUCCAUUCCUGCUACAAUACGCCCAUCGAGUCCUGAAGCAACAUUUUGUCGACCUCACAUUCUUUUUUGUUCCUCAAGUUGUUCAGGCCCUUCGGUUUGAUGACCUUGGAUAUAUCGCACAGUUCAUCUUCGAAACCGCAAAGGUAUCUCAACUCUUUUGUCACCAGAUCAUAUGGAACAUGAAAGCCAAUUGCUACAAGGAUGAUGCUGCCGAGGUCGAAGAUCCUAUGAAACCCGCGUUAGAUCGGAUGACUGAUAUGGUAGUGGAUUCGCUAUCUGGUGAUGCCCGCACCUUUUACGAUCGAGAAUUCGGAUUCUUCAACGAGGUAACUUCGAUAUCUGGGAAACUGAAGCCCUUCAUCAAAAAGUCAAAACUUGAGAAAAAGGCCAAGAUUGACGAGGAGAUGGCCAAGAUAGUUGUUGACGUUGGAGUUUACCUUCCCAGUAACCCGGACGGUAGUGUUAUUGACAUAGAUAAGAAGUCCGGCCGACCGCUUCAAAGUCACGCUAAGGCACCAUUCAUGGCUACUUUUAAAGUGAGGAAGGAGCGCGUUAUCAUUGAUUCUAACCCGGAAUCUCUUUUGGACGGCGCACUCGAGAAACGCGAGGAGUAUGACGUUUGGCAACAGGCUAUCUUCAAAGUUGGUGACGACUGUCGACAAGAUGUGUUGGCCUUACAGGUCAUCGCGAUGUUCAAAAACAUCUUCACCAGCAUCGGGUUGACUCUUUAUCUCUUCCCCUACAGGGUCACCGCAACUGCUGCUGGAUGUGGUGUCAUUGACGUAGUGCCAAAUGCCACAUCUCGAGAUGAGAUGGGAAGGGCCACAGUAAACGACCUACUUGACUUCUUUAUUUCGAAAUACGGAGGAGAAGAGACCGUUGCAUUCCAACGUGCUCGCCUCAAUUUCAUACAAUCUAUGGCUGCAUAUUCCAUUGCUUGCUAUAUCCUGCAAAUCAAGGACCGUCACAAUGGGAAUAUCAUGAUUGAUGGCGAAGGGCAUAUCGUGCAUAUCGACUUUGGAUUCCUAUUCGAUAUAGAUGACUCUUUCAAGUUAACCCACGAGAUGGUAGUUCUUAUGGGUGGCAGAUUUUCUCAAGGUUAUGAACUGUUUCAACAUCUGACAGUGAAGGCUUUUCUCGCUAUCCGACCUCAUGCGGAUCAGCUCGUCAGCACAGUACAGCUCAUGCUAGGAACUGGUCUCCCGUCCUUCAAAGGUGAACCGACUAUCAAGCGCCUCAAAGAUCGGUUUGCGCUUGGGUUGAAUGAGCGUCAGGCUGCUGAAUGGAUUAUGGGAGUCAUCCGCAAUGCUCAUGAAAAUGUGAGGAGCACAGCCUACGAUGAGUUCCAACGGGCGUUUGCAGGCAUACCGUACAAGUAG